CAGACACGCCUUUUAUGCUGUUCAUGCGCCACAAAUCUCCCCCCUUUUCUCCUUUCGAAGGAAAAAAGAACAAGGUAGAGGAGCGUGCUUCCUAGACUGCGCCUUGCAAUGCCCUGCCACGCCAUGGGAGCUUGAGAGGCUCGAAUGACUUGACUAGCUGAAGGGCCGCCUAUAGUUCUUUUUCAUCGUCACUCAGGCAUUGCACCUCGAUGCUGUGGUACUCACCCUUUCUCAUCCCCUCUCCGCCUGUUUCUGACGCCAUCUCGUCUUUGAUUGCCCUGUGCCAUAGCUCGACUGGGACCACGCGCUUUCAGGUCCACCACAUACGCAUUGCCGCUGCCCUCCACGAUGGAGAAGGCACAAAAGUGAGAAACAACAGAAAAAGGAGAGAAAAAGAGGGUGUGCGUGAAGAAAGGGAAAGGCAAUGGAAGGGAGGGGGCAGAAGAGAGGAAGCAAAUAGGCGGAGGAAUCACGACGCGGGGGGGAAUGUGGGGAUCAUCGGUCAUCCUCUCAUCAUGGGCCAACGAGACUGCCGUUAUGAUGGCGGCAGCGUUUACCUCUCGAAACGAUGGUUUUGUGACCCUCCUGCUUUUAGAAACGUCCUUCUUCCCCGUUACCCUGCACGACUGUUCGCCUACUCCCUCCUCCUCUUGGCACCGGAUGGCGCUAGCCAAAGAGACAUGGCAGGGAGGAGCAGGGAGCUCUUCUUUCGAAAGCGAAGUCGCCUGGUGGGUGGGGUUGGUUGAAGAAGAAGAAUCCGCAACUUGCGACACCAAAAAGAAAAAAAAGUUCUGAUUUUGCGAAGUAG